AUGGCGGGCGCUGCGGCCCGGGGCCCGCUGCCCUGCCUGCCGCUGCCGCUGCCCUGCCUGCUGCUGCUGCUGCCGGCCGCCAGCGCCGAGCCCGAGCUGCGCUUCAGGCCGCCGGCCGAGGACCCCGUGCGGCUCUUCACCGAGCCCGAACUGGCCAGAUACGACGGGCACCAGGAAGGACAGCCCAUCUACCUGGCAGUGAAGGGAGUAGUGUUUGAUGUCACCUCUGGAAAAGAAUUUUAUGGAAAAGGAGCCCCAUACAAUGCUUUGGCUGGAAAAGACUCAACAAGAGGAGUUGCAAAGAUGUCUCUGGAUCCAGCAGAUCUUACACAUGACACAACAGGGCUCACAGAGGAGGAGCUGAAGUCCCUGGAUGACAUCUUCAAUAAUGUUUAUAAAGCCAAAUAUCCAAUUGUUGGCUAUACUUCUCGGCGAAUUCUGAAUGAGGAUGGCAGCCCCAACCUGGACUUUAAACCCGAAGAUCAGCCACAUUUCAGCAUUAAAGAUGAGUUUUGAGGAACAUUUUUGUACCUAGAGAAUGCCUGGGCAGAGGCACAGCAGAAUAUUAAAUUAAUUCCCUGUGCUGUGGAGUUCAUUACUACAAUUAGCUACCAUGAGUCAGUUCUCUGCUCAGAAAAUAAGUGUGUGUGUACACACAGCAUAGAGGAAACAAACAGAUCUGUAGUAGUGUCAUACACCUGGGCUCUUUGCUGGGAAUUACAGGAAUUAUUUAACCUGCAAGUUCUUUCUGCCAGGAUUUCUCUGUUAAGAAGUGUAUAAUGUAAAAUUACAUUCCUUAGAAGAAGAAAGCUUUUAAUAAUUGAAAUAUGACUGGUCAUUUUGUAAAUCCCAAGUUGUUUCCCACUCCUUGGAAAAGUGUAAAUGAAUUAUUUGGACAAGCUAACAUCAAUUCUCUGUGCUUCAUGUGAGUGUAGGUAUCACAAGUACAGACAGGUGCAAUACAUUAUAUACAGGCUUACAUUUUCAAAAACAUUAUGGAGUUUAAUAUUUGAUAGGUUUGAGAAUACUGGAUAUAAAGUCAAUCAGUCUCCUCAAAUGCAGUUACUGUGGAGUAUUUCUGCAAAUCCUACAGCUGUAAACUGAGAAAAAGAAAUCUUUUUUCCCCCAUGAGGGCUACUGUGACAUUUUAAGUAAGACUAUUAUGUUUGGUUUGGAUAAAUGACACUUUAUUUUUUAAAAAUAAUUAUCAAAGAUGUCAUCUAUAUUAGAUUAUGAUGAUUUCCUUCUAUCUUUCUCUGACAAAAAGAGGAAAUCAUAGCCCACUGUUUGCCACAUACUCUUACAGCACAGGUUUAUUAUAGCAGCUCAGUGUCCUGUGAACUUUGUUAGCAUUUUUAUAUUAACAAUUUCAGCUCUCAUUUUUUGUCUCUUAGUUUUUCUUUGUUCUUACCCUGGCAUCACCACUGCUGUUUUAAUGGAGAGUGCAGUGCCAUGUUCCUCUUCACCUGAUACAAAACUGCAGAUCCUGCAGUGUGAGAGCAAACCCCCCUGAUGGCAUUUCCCUGGCAGCCUUCCAGCACAAGAGGACUGUAAAAGCCUGAGCUGUACAAAGUGCUGCUAACCCCUGACUUUCACUAACUUAAGUAGAAUGUGAAUUGUCCCAUAUGUGGAUUUAUCUGUCACUGUCACCGUUUUGAUUGAUACGGGAAAAGCUAAGCAGCUGCUUCUGACUCUGUAUUAAUGAUACAGAUAUAAUAAAAGUAUGAUUCUGUAUUGUUGUUCUACUUCUUAAGCAUUUGGGUAACUUUCUGUGAAGGGAAGAUUUUAUUAGAUGAUUCUCCACCUUCUAGCUUGCAGGGGACAGCUGCCUGUCAGUUGAAUAACUAGAAAAGCUGUUUCUAUGUAUUUGCCCAUUCUUUCACAAUCUUACACAUUUUAUUCUAGAUUUGUUUUGUUUCCCACCAUUAGACCACUUCAUUUGCUGGAGGGACUCCAUGGGCCCUCCCACUGUUGGAUGGUGCUCUGAGCAGAAAAAAUAAAUCAGCAUCCAAGAAA